AUAAAAAAACACAGCUAUUAAAAUAAAUCUCAUAAAUAUUCUGGUCUAGAUCAAAUUAUUCGUCGUUAAUUCACUCCUGCAAUUUCUUUCCAUCCAACUCUAAGCUAUGGCGUCUUUCGGGAGGAAACGGGGCGUAACAAUGGCGACUAAUCUGUUGAAAACCCUAACUCCAAGAUCUCGUGUCACCAAUUUCCCCUCAAGCUUGAGGAGCAUCAACGGCGCCGCUGCCGGCAUCGUUAGCGGCGACAUCAUCUCGUCGCACACUGCUAAAUGGAUGCAGGAUUUCAGCAAAAAAUCUCCUAUGGAGCUGAUCAACGAAGUUCCACCAUUAAAGGUGGAGGGCAGGAUCGCCGCCUGUGAGGGAGAUAGCAAUCCUGCACUUGGGCAUCCAAUUGAGUAUAUAUGUCUUGAUUUGGACAAACCAGCGGUUUGCAAGUACUGCGGCUUACGCUACGUCCAAGAUCACAGUGGUGGGGGUGGCCAUCAUCAUUAAGAUGCUGAGUGGCAAUUUGUCCUCUUUUUCCAAGUUUUAAUGGUCCAAUCAAACUGCACUCUUGUCUUUGAAAUGUAUUGUUGGUGGCUGUAAUAAGAACUAUACCCAUGUGUCUUUUAUGAUCUCGAAUUGUGCUUGAAUGAAAAUUUCAUUGCUAUGUAGACUACUCGAUGGUCAAAAGAUUCUAAAUUCCAUAUAUAUUUUACUUUAAGACAAUCAAACAUGAGUAAAUUCCAUAUAUAUUACUCAGACAUAAGUCUCAAUUUAAUCUGUCUAUUUUGAAGCAGCAGCUAGCAGCUAAUUUCUUCCUCCGUUGAUGCUCUGCAACUUUGUAAUCCACAACUUCACGGAAGAGAGACGGGUCCAAAACGCAGCUCUCGCUGCCAUAAACAGCGGCCUGAACACUUUCCAUCAGUUUGGCGAUCUCUCUCCCCGAAAAGCCUUCCGUUUUUUUCCGCGGCUUCCUUCAGGAUAUCGUCGGUCAACCCUUUGACCUAUAUCUUCUGAGCCGGUUUACGGAACCGUGAAAGGAAGCCAGCUUUCCGCGCUCUGGCUUGAGCUAUGUCCAUCUUGUGCGAUUCCGCUCAAUUGUUUAUCGUUC